AUGGGUUCCCGCUUCCAAGAUGUUCAGCAAGGUCCUCCGAUCGAAGUUUUCCAAUUAAAUCGUAUGUUUAUGGAAGACCCGCACCAGUCUAAAAUCAAUUUGAGCAUUGGCGCAUACCGAGAUGAGAAGGGUCAGCCAUGGGUCCUGCCUGUGGUGAGGAAGAUGGAGAAGCAGAUGGCUAAUGAUGAGACACUCCUGCAUGAAUACCUCCCGGUUCUUGGUAUGGAACAGUUCACUGCGGCGUCUACCGCCAUGCUGCUGGGAGAAGACAGCCCCGCGCUCGCUGCAGGACGUGCGUUCGGAGUUCAGACACUGUCUGGUACAGGCAGUCUCCGCGUCGGCGCUGAGCUGCUGAACAAGCAACUCAACUACACCAACUUCUACUACUCCGUGCCUACCUGGGAAAACCACCAUCUUGUAUUCGUAAACUCCGGUUUCACAAGCCCUCGUACCUACCGCUACUGGGACGCGAAGGCCCGAGCGAUUGAUUUCGAAGGCCUCAUCGAAGACCUCCGCAAUGCCCCUGAGAACUCCGUGAUAUUGCUCCACGCGUGCGCCCACAACCCCACUGGCUGCGACCCCACUCAUGAACAGUGGGAGAAAAUUGCUGAUGUCAUGGAGGAGCGCAAGUUGUUCCCAUUCUUCGACAGCGCAUACCAGGGCUUCGCAUCAGGUGACUUAGACCAGGACGCCUGGGCCGUGCGCUACUUCGUCCAGCGAGGCUUCGAGCUCAUCUGCGCACAGUCCUACGCCAAGAACUUUGGAUUAUACAACGAGCGAGUAGGCAACCUGGCCAUCGUGGUGUCGGACCCGUCGGUGGUACAGACGCUGCGGUCGCAGCUGACGUGGAUCGUGCGCGGCAUGUACUCCAACCCGCCCGCGCACGGCGCGCGCGUCGUCACCAACGUGCUCGCCAACAAACAACUCUUCGACGAAUGGAAGGACCACAUCAAAGCCAUGUCGUCCAGGGUGACGGCAAUGAGAGAAGCUUUGAGGGCUGAACUUGUCAAACUCGGUACUCCAGGCAAUUGGGACCACAUUGUCAAGCAGAUCGGUCUGUUCUCCUACACUGGGUUGACCCAAAGACAGGCGGAAUACCUAAUUCAAGAAUACCACAUAUAUCUAUUGAAAUCUGGCCGUAUUAACGUGUGUGGGUUAAACCCUUCCAACGUCCAGUACAUGGCCAGGGCUAUGCACGAUGCCGUGACCAAAUUCCCCGCUGAAGAGUAA